AUGGCUGACGUGGAAUUUUCGGAGGAGAUUCGCGACCGUAUCCUCUAUCAUUGGUCGGAAUUGGGCGACCGACCGAAAAUCAUUUGGACUCGUUUGCAGGAGGAAGGUUUCAAUGUUGAUUUGAACACCGUGCAAGCUCUGAUGCAAUGCGAGGACGAGGAGGCGACUGGGAGUGGAACGAUAGCGGAACACGAGAAUGAGGACAGCCGGAACGCCCGGGCUAGCGUUUCACCAUACCCCGAAGGGAAUUCUCCCGCUUCCAUCACGGAUUCGCCUAACAGCGUUCGAUCUCAUUCACGGCGAGGAAAAAACAGAGAAGGUAAAACCGUCUUCCCUCAAAACAGACGUACGAAGCUGACACCUGAUGUGCUGAAUUUGAUAGAGAAAAUCCUCGACACUGAUGCGGGUAUCUACUCUCUAGCUGCUUUACAAGCUGCCUUGCUUGUUAAAGGCGUUAAGAUAUCGAAAACUACCACAUUCAGAGCGCUUGAGAAAUUGGGAAGGAGCAUUGUUGUGAAGAAGAUGAACUUUCCGAACCGCAUUGACGUGGUACCCGUACCAGAGCAUUUGGUGAAGAACACCCACUUUGACACCAAUCCCAAGUAUGGCGUGCGCAGCACUACAUUUACACAAGAAGGCAAAAGACGGCACCAUACCCUCACCAUACGCGAAAUGGAAUCUCUGGGAUCGCAGCCCCAACUCAGCAAAGACGAUCAGGAACCUGUUCCGACGACCACGAUGACCGUUCCAACAUCCUCUUCGACUAGCGUUUCGGCUUCGUCGGGAGCUCGGAUGGAGACCGGGACUUCGGCGCCGAUACUGGUUUUGCCCCCGAAGAAGGCGGCGACUGCGACGUCGUCGUCGUUGAAGUUGGUUCUUGGUCAAGGGCGGACGACGACAUACACAUCGGCUCCACUUGAAGACGAACCCGUCAACGAGCAGGGCGAUGACGAGGAAGGGAACAAACCGGAUGAGAUGGAAACGCAGGAAUCUGUUCGAAGUCAAUCACCAGCUGAUAAGCCAGCAGUGCUGAAGGUAAAGAAAGAGGUUGUCGAGGAGGAAGAAGAGGAGGACUAUGAGAUCAAAGUUGAUGAUGAUUAUGAGUUGAACGUUGAAGGAGAACUACCUCCUAGACGGUAUGAAGAAAGACCAAGAAGCCAGGAGCAACCAGAAGACUUGGUGAUCCGCAGGGGUGGCCCUAGAGCAAGAGACAGGAUGCCUCCUGCAAUGUCAUCCUGGAUGGAGAGAGCGCAAGAUAAUGAUGAAGAGGCUGCCAUUAUGGAGGCGAGGGCGAUUUCUCGACGUCGUCUGUCACAACCUAGAGAUCAAUCAUUGAUUGGCUCGGAUGAGGAGUUUGAUUCCGACCCCGAGGCUGACGUUAUCCCGAAGAGACCGUCAUCACUCGGAAGGUCAUCAGUUGGUUCUGCCCACAGUGCCCAUAGUGCACACAGUGCUAGUUCUCGAGCCACGCACUUCUCCCAUGGCUUCUCAAAGACUCCCGAAGACAUGGCUCGGUCUGGUAGAAGCAGCAGUACUCUUACAUCACAAAGUGGUAGUUCUGGUGGCAGCGGUGGGAUGGAACGAAGCCGCAGAUCGCCAAUGACUUCAUCAGCGACCAAUGCUGCUAUGGCUGCAAGGAUGGCCCACUUCCCACUCACCUUUCACAGAUCUCAGAUGUGCAACGCAGCAGCAAUGGCGGGUCGUCUCGCCCACGGCAUCACGCCGGAAAUGGGGGCACCCUUCCAUGUCGGGCAGCGGCGGCUCCCACUGUCUGCAGGAAGGGGUGGCGUGAAGCAACCCUUCAUGAGCAAGUUCCAGCGGAACAUGAUUGGCAUGCGACGGGGUAUGGCAUCGGGUAUACCUAGACGUAUGCAGAGGAUGUCUCCAGGAUUCCCACAUGGUAUCCCGCUACACAGGUACCAGAAGAUGCUGCGCAUGCACCAUGCUAUGGGUAAAGCCAUGCGGGGAAUGCAUCACUUCGGUAGAGGGCAGGGCAGAGGCAGGUGUCAUGGCGAGCCAUCGGGGAGACACAUGAGGAGGAUGAACGAGUCUCACGACAGAACCUCCCCGCAGCACAGCCCGGGCAAUUUCAGCGGGGAUGAGAUUUCUCCAGAGUUGGAGAUUGACCCUCCAGAGACCUAUGGCGAGUUUGCAGAGAGGAUUUUCUCGAGCAACCGCAACCAAAGGCAAAUGGACACCUCAACAGAAUCAAGUGGAACUGAAAAAUGGAUGGAGGACAUCUCUCAUCGCCUGGAGGUCAUUGAGAAUCAGCUCCAGGUCAUCAUGGAGCACCUUCCUUUCAUGGGUGGAGCCGAGAUGCAGAGUGUCUCGUCGGAUCCUGGUGGAGCAGGCAGCGAGGUGGACUCUGGUCUCCAGGAAGACAGCGGCGCAGGACCAGGAGGAGCUGGCGAUGACAGGAGCGGAGGUGGAGACAUGGAGAACGGUGGAGAACGAGGUGGACAUGGAGAGAGGUCGUCCGAGAAUGGCGGAGAAGGGGCCGGAGAAAAGUGCGAGGGUGGAGACAAGGGCGGGAGAAAACGCUCAGAUAGCAGCGGGAGCACCGCAGGAUCUUCAUCACAUGGAGCUGCUGCUGGAGCCCCAAGUGGAAGAGAACGAAGUGGAGGGAGACACCUCGCAACAAAGAGACCAUACCCAGGAGCCAAGGAGACUGGAUCCCGGUGUGGAGAUUCAAGAUUGGGCUCCAGGCCUGGUGGUUCGGGUUUACCCGGAAGCAAAGGAAGGCUGAACCAAGAAAGACCCAUCCAAGAUGAUGGAGUCAUGAUCAUCGAUGACCAGUCCCAAGAGGGUCAAUUUCAAGACAACCUGUCUGAGUUUGGAGCUAUGCAAAACAUGAAUCAAUCUCAGACAGAUGUUCGUAUACAGAUGGUCAUGCAGGACUCGAGGUGGGACGAGAUGACUCCCUACGCCGGAGCUCCCCGGCUAGCGAUUGCUCUCGCCCGCUACUGCAUCUUCGGCACUAAGAUUCUCAUUCGUUCAUCAGUGACUGGCCGUAACAGUAAACAUCCACUUGACUUCGCAGGCAUGAGAAAAAUAAAACAUCUCCUUUUUCAAAAAUACGGGGCCAGAUGCAGCCUCGUAGAGUUUGAAGUCAUCUGGAAGACGUCACGUGAGAGCAUUUCCCAGCUGUGUAAACGACUACGGAGAAAGUUCAAUGUCGCGGGCCUGGGACAACCCGGCCACGAUGACUUUAUGCCUAUGGACGAAUUCAUGGUCGGCUGCCCUCUUCUGGCGUGAAACGGCACAGUUGUUAUCGAGGACAUUCAAAGAAAACUUAACCGGUGAUACAUGUUUUGAUGUUCACUGGAGACGAGCGAUACCACCAAACACACAGAAAAAAAAUGUUGAAUGGAUAUAAGAUUAAGGAGUCAUUAAUUCCUUGAAAAGUCGGAUAUUUCUUUAUAGUAAUGAUAUUAGUCAAGGGGAUUUUGUCAGAAGAAGAUUUUUUUUUUUACACAUUACAAAAAUAGAUUUGCAAUGAAAGACCAACAAUAUCUCUUCCUUCAUACCUUAAGGCUGAAACUUUAAAACGUCUUGCACUCUUCUAUGUGAUGGUCGUCGAUGUAAUUUGCAGCUGUUUUCACGAAGUGCUUCAUCAUAGAUUUCCAUUUAUGAGCUGGACUAAACUCCUUGCGUGAUAUUGUCUGAGAGCAUGCUUAUUAAAAUGUAAAUCUCAAACAGGGCGUUUUGUGAAACAACUCCCAGUCUGCAUGGAACUCAAAAUCGAUUUGAAUACAUUGGAUUUGGAUCACCCCAUGUAAAUCAGCUUUUUGUAUCACUUGUGAAAAGGAAUGAAAACAAAUCUAUUGAUGACUAAAGAUCUAGGAUCAUUAAAUAUGUAUAGAAGUAUGUGAGAAAGUUUCACAUGUAUAUUCCCUACGUAUAAUUUGCAUCUCAAUUUACAAUUAUUUCUCUUGGUAUAAUAGCUCAAAUAGUGGUUUAAAAGCGCACAUGAAUUGUGCACAAAUUGAUUGUCGUUUAUGAGACGAUGGAAGUUUAUGAAAUAUGCAAUAAUUUUCAUAAGCCAAAAUGUAUUUUUCUGUUACCAAUGAGAAUGCUAGUAGCGAUUUUUAAACGUCUAUUUUCUAGUUAGUAAUUUGUCUAUCCAAUCGUAGCCAGCAUUGAUUACGGAGAUGCAGUUUCCUCAUCCAUGACGUGGAAAAAAAUGGGGGAAAAAUAAUCUGCAUUGGUCAAGCGCACACAAAGUUGCCCCUUUUUUUCUCUCUCGCGUGUGUGCGUGUGCAUGUUAUUUCUUAUUGUCCCACACACUGUUAAUUGUGUCAUAUAUGAAGUACUUUUCCUGGGUUUAUUUCCAAUUGGUCUAAUGCCAAUUCGUCCAAUUGCUAACUCGUCUGCUAUCAUUCGGUCUACCAUCAUUUCGUCCAAUAUCCACAUGGUCUAAUUGCCAUUUCGUCCAAUCGCCAUUUCGUCUAAUAACCAGUUGAUCCAAUGGCCAUUUAGUCCAUAAACCAUUUGGUCUAAUUGGAUAAGUUUUAAUUGGACGAAAUGAAUGAAAAGAAAAUGGGCAUUAGACCAACUGGAUACUAGACGAAAUGGUCAUAGACGAAAGGGUGAUUAGACGAAGUGAUUAUUGGACCAAAUGGUUGUUAGACAAAAUGUUGAUGGGCGGAAUAGCAUUAGACUAAAUGGAGCUAGAGUAAGUGAUGAGUGGACGAAUUGGCAAUAGACGAAUAGGCAGUUUACGCUUUUCUUGUAGCAUCGAUGUCGCAUAUGUGAGGGAAGCAUACGACGUGCUCUAGAUAUCCAGGGGCCAUGAGCCUAAUUACAACAGGAAGGCAAAAUAUAUUCGUCCGCCCCAACCCAUUCGAAAUUUUUUUCAAUUUGAUAUUGCUGAUUGAAAAAAGUGUCUGAAUAUGAUUGAAAAUCUAACACUGAUUCUAGAAAUGGUAACCACUGGACUUCCUCUGACCAAAUUGGGAAGAUAUAUCAAUGACUUUGGAACUAUUUUUUUUUGACUGGCGGAAGAAUUAGGGCUAUUAACUGUUUCAGUUGAUGAAUUCGAUCCCAUCAUAGUUAUCUUCAUAAAUGGCGAUUUAUUCUUAAAACGAGCUGGCUACGAUACCCUUUUCUGGUCAGAUAUGGAAUGUCAGAUAUAUAUCCUAUCCAAUGGUAGUAAACAUUCGACCCUCUAAUUUCACAUUUAUUUUUUUAUGAAUUUUUUAAAAGUGCCAUUUUAACCCACAAGUCUAUGUGGAAUGUUUUACGCGCGUGGCACCUCCAGGUUUUUUUUUCAUAUAUCGAGGAUAGCCUGAAAUUGUGAAAUCGGGGAGGGGAAAAGAAGGCGCAAUUAUUGUAUCCCCAGAUUUUAUCUUGCCAAUAUUAUUUUUUUUAAAGUAUACAAGCAAAAGAUUCAUAUAUUUUCGUUUACGCGCUAGGCUAGGAAUUUCACGAGGGAAACCGUGAUGGAUCUUUUAUUGUAAAUGAAAAAAAUAAUUUUGCUUUCCUAAUCUUCCAUUUUCCCUACGACUUUUUCCUCCCUUUUUUCUUGUCUUUUCUUCAUUCCUUUCCUACUUUUCGUUCUGUCUAUAAUUUAUUUUAUUACUCUUGGCCGUUCUUCCAAUGUUUCUUAAUAUCUUGUUUCUUUUUUUUGGUUAUACUUUUUCUUUCUUAUUUUAAUUUAUUUUUUCCUUUCUUUCUUUCUUUAUCUUCCUUUCUUUAUUUCUUUCUCUCUCUCUCUCUCUCUCUCCCCUCUUUCUUUCUUUCUUUCUUUUCUUUCUUCUUUCUUUUUCAUCUCAUUAGCCCAGUAAUUCAGAGUCAAUAUCAUAUAAUACAAUGUCAUCUAUCAUGAUAUCUCUUGUUCAUACUGUAUGAUUUGUAUAUAUGAUAAUCAUUACAUUUUCUUUGUUUUUGUAAUAAAACCUUCAGAACAAAAUAC